AAGAUUUGGGCAAACAAGAAGAAGGGGAGAGAAAUUUAGGUAAAUACAGAACAAAAUGUCGUGGAUGGAACAAGCACAAGCUAGGUAGCGGGCAAUCUGUGCUUCUGUGGAAAUGGUAGAAUCAACAUUAAAAGGCGGGGGUAGGACAGAACACCGGGGGCAGGAUGAACAGAGGCAGGUAUAACUUCUGUUGGUUCUUAAAGCACAUUGCCACAGAAACUGUACAACGGAAACUCUCAGGUCCAGAAGCUAUUCCAACACCCUAGCCACUAUCCUCUAGGUGAACUUGGGAGCUCAGCAGGUCACAAGUUCACAUCUAUGUUUGUGUCACUGCAUUAUGCCCAAGUUCCUUUCUGUUCCUUUAGCACUAUAGUGAGCAUCAUGAUUCACAGCAAUAUCAGCAUCAUCCACCCUGCAGUUUUUGUGCUACUUGGCAUCCCUGGGUUGGAGGCUUAUCACAUCUGGCUGUCUAUACCCCUGUGCCUUAUGUAUGUCACUGCAGUCCUCGGAAACAGCAUCUUGAUAAUGGUCAUCAUCACAGAACGGAGCCUUCAUGAACCCAUGUACUUUUUCCUCUCCAUGUUGGCCAUCACAGACAUCUUACUGUCCACCACUACUGUACCCAAGGCCCUCGCUAUCUUUUGGCUCCAUGCCCACAACAUUGCCUUUGAUGCCUGUGUCACCCAAGUCUUCUUUGUGCAUACAAUGUUUGUGGGGGAGUCAGCCAUCUUGUUAGCCAUGGCCUUUGACCGCUUUGUAGCCAUCUGUGCCCCGCUGAGAUAUGCAACAGUGCUAACAUGGCCCACAGUUGGGAGGAUGGCUCUAGCCAUUGUCAUCAGAAGCGUCUGUAUUAUCUUUCCUGUGAUUUUCUUGCUCAAGCGGCUGCCGUUCUGCAGAACCAACAUUGUCCCCCAUUCCUACUGUGAGCACAUUGGGGUGGCCCGCUUAGCUUGUGCCGACAUCACUGUUAACAUUUGGUACGGCUUCUCAGUGCCUAUCGUCAUGGUCAUCGUGGAUGUGAUCCUCAUUGCUGUGUCAUACUCGCUCAUCCUCCGAGCGGUGUUUCGUUUGCCCUCCCAGGAUGCUCGGCACAAAGCUCUCAGCACCUGUGGCUCGCAUCUCUGCGUCAUCCUCAUGUUUUACGUUCCGUCCUUCUUUACUUUACUGACCCACCGCUUUGGGAGAAACAUUCCCCGCCAUGUGCAUAUCCUGCUGGCCAAUCUUUAUGUGGUGGUGCCUCCAAUGCUGAACCCCAUUGUCUACGGAGUGAAGACUAAGCAGAUCCGGGAGGGUGUGGUCCACUGGUUCUUGGACAUUAAGACUUUGGGAUGA